ACAAGGGGGGGGCCGGAGCUGAGGGGCGGAGUCUGAAGUAGCCAAUUUUAGCCGCGGGGCUGGAGACGCGAGAGUAGAGGUGCCCUGCAGCGUUUUGCAGCGCCAGACAUAAUGGCGGACAGCCGGGAUCCAGCUAGCGACCAGAUGAAGCUCUGGAAGGAGCAGCGAGCCGUGCAGAAACCUGAUGUCUUGACCACCGGAGCGGGUAAUCCGAUAGGAGACAAACUCAAUAUUCUUACAGCAGGGCCCCGUGGGCCCCUUCUUGUUCAGGAUGUGGUUUUCACUGAUGAAAUGGCUCACUUUGACCGGGAGAGAAUUCCUGAGAGAGUCGUGCACGCCAAAGGAGCAGGGGCUUUUGGCUACUUUGAGGUCACGCAUGACAUUACCAGAUACUCCAAGGCGAAGGUGUUUGAGCACAUUGGAAAGAGGACGCCCAUUGCAGUUCGCUUCUCCACUGUUGCUGGAGAAUCGGGCUCAGCUGACACAGUUCGUGACCCUCGAGGGUUUGCAGUGAAAUUUUACACGGAGGAUGGAAAUUGGGAUCUUGUUGGAAAUAACACCCCCAUUUUCUUCAUCAGGGAUGCCAUAUUGUUUCCAUCCUUUAUCCACAGCCAAAAGAGAAACCCUCAAACGCACCUAAAGGAUCCUGACAUGGUCUGGGACUUUUGGAGCCUGCGUCCUGAGUCUCUGCAUCAGGUUUCCUUCCUGUUCAGCGACCGAGGGAUCCCAGACGGACACAGGCACAUGAAUGGUUAUGGGUCGCACACUUUCAAACUGGUUGAUGCGAAUGGGAAGGCUGUUUACUGCAAAUUCCAUUAUAAGACUGACCAGGGCAUCAAAAACCUUUCUGUUGAAGAUGCAGCAAGACUUGCCCAGGAAGAUCCUGACUAUGGCCUCCGGGAUCUUUUUAAUGCCAUUGCCACAGGCAACUACCCCUCCUGGACUUUUUACAUCCAGGUCAUGACAUUUAAACAGGCAGAAACUUUCCCAUUUAAUCCAUUUGAUAUUACCAAGGUUUGGCCUCACAAUGACUACCCUCUUAUCCCAGUUGGUAAACUGGUCUUAAACCGGAAUCCAGUUAAUUACUUUGCUGAGGUUGAACAGUUGGCUUUUGACCCAAGCAACAUGCCGCCUGGCAUUGAGCCCAGCCCUGACAAAAUGCUUCAGGGCCGCCUUUUUGCCUAUCCCGACACUCACCGCCACCGCCUGGGACCCAACUAUCUUCAGAUACCUGUGAACUGUCCCUUCCGAGCUCGAGUGGCCAGCUACCAACGUGACGGCCCCAUGUGCGUGCUGGACAAUCAGGGUGGAGCUCCAAAUUAUUACCCCAACAGCUUUGGUGCUCCGGAGCAGCAGCUUUCUGCCCUGGAACACAGGACCCACUGUUCUGGGGAUGUGCAGCGCUUCAACAGUGCCAGCGAUGAUAAUGUCACUCAGGUGCGGGCUUUCUAUUUGAACGUACUGAAUGAGGAGCAGAGGAAACGCCUGUGUGAGAACAUAGCGGGCCAUCUGAAAGAUGCACAACUUUUUAUCCAGAAGAAAGCGGUUAAGAACUUCAGCGAUGUCCAUCCUGACUAUGGGGCCCGCAUCCAGGCUCUUUUGGAUAAAUACAACGUUGAGAAACCUAAGAGCGCGAUUCACACCUAUGUAAAUCCUGGGUCUCACUUGGCUGCAAGGGAGAAAGCUAAUCUGUGAGGGUCGUCCGUCCGCCUAUGAAGCAAAGCAUAAUGUUGACACACAUGCCCACUCAUCGCUGGAUGGAAGAUUCUCCUGCGCCAGACAUACAAAUGCAAGUUUAUGUCUGUAAAAUGAUAAUCCCAGCUUUCUACAGCGAAUAACGUAAUAAUGGCUUUUAAUGCUAUCUUCCUAGGGGUAAGUGAACGUUAGAGCUUAACAAUCAUUUGAAAGAAACGUGUAUUUGCUUUUGACAGCUGAUUAUUUACUUAAAAUGACUAGAAUGAAAGUUUCUAGCAGAAAUACGAUUUUAUUUGAUAUGAAAAAAUCUUGGUGAAAUUAAUAUGUUUACAUAUCAUAUCAUGGCCUGUUAUAUAAAAAUAUGGCUGUAAUUAUAUAAGAAGAAAAGAUAAAGAUAAUCCACUCAGAAAUUUAAAUUUUUCUAAGUUCCUUAUAGGAAGCACAAUGUGGUGUCUUUUGAAAAUAACUUCAGUACCAUCAUGGCUUAAUGUUUAUUCCUGCUUGGAACUGAUCAGAGUUUUUAAAACUUGGAAUUACAUUUAUGCUAAUAUAGUAUUGAUUUUGCAACAGGCUGAUCUGUAAUUGCUUAUCUUUUUACAAUAAAAUAAUCUGUAAAUAAAAAUA